ACAUCAUCCCUCUCUCGAGCAGAUCCUCCUCCGCGCUCUGUCGUGCCAUGGACCGCCGCCCGGACCGCCCAUUGGUCAUCAAAUGCACAUUUAAUGGGUCUACUAAACGUAUCACAUUUAACUCGGCAAGGAACUGUUCGUACGAUCUCUUGCGACAUAGGGUUGAACAAUGCUUCUCAUUAUACGCUGCGACAUACCUCAUUACAUAUAAAGACGACGACGGCGAGAUCACCGAUGUCACGACCGAUACCGACCUCACCGAAGCCAUCACGUACUUUCAGGCCGGCGCUGACGACGGGCCUUUAUCAUCCGCCGCCUCAAUACUCUCGGGUAGGAGUUUCGGAGGGAGGAAGAUCACGGUCCGGGUGGCGGUCACCGUCGACUACGAUGGGCCGAGUUUGUCUGAUACGUCGUCGGUGCUGAGCCUAGGGAUGGCUUCUGGAUCGGGCGCUGGGGAGGGGAACUCUUAUCAGCGGAAUGGCUAUGGUGCGGGAGGCAGAGAGAGUGAAUUCUCGUUCGGUGCGCAGUCGGAGUUGGAGCUAGAAGACGAUGCGGUCACGGUCAGCUCAAGAGACCCCGUCCCCCGCGCCCAGUAUCGAAUCAGGGACGUCCGUUCCCAAGGUUCAUGGGAUGUGCUCUCCCGGGGGAGUGGCGGGUCGAGUCGUCUCCCCGCAAAGUCCUCGAAUCAUCACCAGUCCGAUGACACCGCCCGGGAUCCAUUCGCCGAUAAAAGCAAGCCUGGAUCGACGACGGCACAGGAUGAGUACAUUACGUCCGACCCUUCUGCUGUCUUCGAGCGUCUGAAGCUGCAAGAGCAAGACGACGAGGACGACUCAUCGAGCAUCCAGUCCGACUUGGUCAACGGCAAUGGCCGAGCGGCUGACCAUUUUCGCGGGAACGACCGCAACGCAACAUGGCUGCGCGACCAGAAUGACCGAGCGAUCCGGACGAUGCUGGGCGUGCUUCCCGAACCGUCCGUGUCGUCUGGUUCGUCUUCCGUGCCGGACAGUUGGCGGGCAGAAAGCGAAGAGGUCCGAGAGCAAGGGGCUCUUUUGGGUGGCGAGCUCGAGCUGGAACGCGAUGUGCGAGGAAGAUACUACUACUCGUACACAUCCUCCUCCUCGUCUGCGUCUCAGAGCCGGGACUCGGGAUAUUACGACGAAGCUCGUCUGAUGGAAGAUUCGCACCAGCUCAGACAACAGCCGAGUGUCAAUAACUGGCUCGAAGCUCAGGCGGUGCGACAGUCUCCCUCACCGGCGCCAUCAAUCAGCAAACCACCUCGAGAGGUUCACAACCCAGACUCUCCCAAUGACGUUCCGUACACAAAAGAAUCGAUUCCACCGGAACUGCUUCAAUUCUUGCCAGUCACGGCACUCCCUGCAGACAAGCUCACGGAUUGCUCAUCGUGUGGGGUGCUGCUUGACUCUAUCCGUUACGUGUGUACGAUUUGUGGGGAGAAGAAGCCCGUCAGCGAGCUGAACAAGGGGAAAGGCAAGAGCCCGCUUCCACAAUUGCAGCAUCGGCCGCUCACAGAUCCCGACCCCCAUCUCCACCAUCAGCAUCCGCCCAUCCACCAUGCACACACAUAUCCCCCUCCGAUGGACUACUCGUAUCCGCCACAACCCAGCAGCGAUCCACGCCCGACACCCAUUCGCAGCCUGGGCUCGUUGUCAUCGACCCGCUCGUCGUCUCUCAACUCGAGCAUGGAAUCGUUGCGAUCGCACAAGCCGCUCCCCAAACUCCCCGAUUCGCCGCCACACACCGAUGUCCCCAGCGCCUCCAGCUCGCAGGUGACGCUGGUCGCUCCAGAACACGGGUACGAGCUGUGCUCGGGAUGCAUCGAGCAUGCCGGAGUGACACAUGCCAUUGAGGCUGUGAGCGGAUCGGCGAUGAGUGGACCGCCAUCGGAGUGGCGUCGCCUGGCGCUGAAGAAGGGCCAGCUGAGACACGCGUUCCAUGAAAAGGCGUGGGGGCAUUUCGGAUGGGAAGACGUUGACCACGACGAGUCGCAAGUCUCCAAAUGCUCGACCUGUUCCGCUGUGACCACCCAUCAUCGAUACAAAUGUGCAUCAUGCAAGAACUUCCAUCUUUGUCGGGCUUGCUACACUCAAGUGCACGAUGUCCAUCCUUCGCAUGCGUUCAUCGUCAUACCAGAUGCGCCAAUCGUGUCUCCAAGCACAGAGGUAGACGAGUUCGAGAGCGUUCCCCCGGACAUAGUACCUCAAGGAGAACAAUCGAUGCUCCACCGUGGUGUCCGAUGUGCACAUUGCAUGUUGGAUAUUGUUGGUGCACGCUUCCAUUGUGCUAUCUGCGACUCGGUGGAUAUCUGCUCCAAUUGCGAGUCAGCCGGGUUGCCCGGUAACUUGGACUCCGCCGACGGGGGGCACAACUCGUCGCAUAUCUUGAUCAAGAUCCCGUAUCCGUUGGAAACCGAUGAGGUGCAGACGGCGAGUCGGCGGGCGAUUGACCUGUGGCAGGGCCGGGAUGCAGCAAAUGUUGGGCUUAUGCCCACAGCGAGUUCUGUGUACUCUUCCCAUGCUCGGACUGUGGUGGGAUCUGCGGUCUCGCGACAGCCUGUUGCCCAAGACAAUGACCAUCAUAUAGCGUGUCAUGGCUGUGGAAACAACAUCCUGGGCGUCCGCUACCAAUGCGGCAACUGUCCGUCGAUUCCGCAAGGUUACAGCUUGUGCGAGAAUUGCGAGCCCAACUCGUAUUCGAUCCACGACCCCGCGCACAUAUUCUUCAAGUUUCCGCGGCCCGUUCAAACGCCGCUGGCGUCUCCACAAGGAUAUCUGCCGAAUCUCUACAAACGAGGCCCAGGUCCGGCACCAGGGACCGACGCUCGUGCAUACUUGAUGAAUCUCAAGCACACGACGGCUGUUUGUGACAGAUGCAUGUCCUCGAUCCAGGGUGUUUGGUUCCGCUGUGCGUAUUGCGGGAAGGAUUUGUGCGACGCAUGCGAAGCCGUGGACACCCAUAAUGACGCGCACUGCUUCAUGAUGUUCAAAAGUCCGGUCGAUGUCCCUGCCCUCAAGGCUUUCACGCCUACUGAAAAUCCCCUCCCGAUCAUCCCGUAUGCCAUCUAUCGAUAGUUAUCUGCACGUCUCCUUGUUCUUGACGGGUCUCAAAGGCGAAAUAGGGGGAAACGCAAUCACUCGUGGGCCAGGACGUGGAUCAUGAUCGGUGGCGGUGCAUAUGUCAAAGUCUGCUUCCGUCCCUUUGGGCUUCGUUAAAGGCCGCUUGCAGUAGCGACCCGGAUCCUGCCUACCGCUGUUACGAAUCGGCGGGACUUUCUCGCAGGUAUUCCGAGUUGGUCGUUUGACUCUAGGCCCCUGGGUCAUACUUACUGCUGAGUGCUGGAAUCAUGCUGCAGGCUCCAUCAACAACUGUUGCCAAGUCUGGUGCCUUUGCGGCUAAUCAUCUCGCCAUUCACACAAUGAUUCUCAAUCUAUUCCUGUGUUUCGUGCGGGGCGUUGCGUGUUUCAUCAGGUCUAAUGCAGCUCGUCGGCGCUGGUGCGGACUCGAGUCGGAAGUCCCAAGUCCCGGGCAUGCUGGGGAUCCGGGAGGUCCAUCGUACUCAAGGUCGCGAUACGGCUUGCAAGAUUGCAAACCCCAGUAGAGGUCUUGCUGGCCCUCUGGGUGCGUUCAGACAGAAGGGGCGUCGCCAGUCCGAUACUCAUCGCACCUGUUUCACGAAUUCCCGAUGGCGAAAAGCAUCAGAGAGCAUCAGAUGUGGGUGACGUAUAUUGCGAGGCCUGAUGCAUAAAAGCAAGAGACCAUACGCGGUAGAUCUUCAUUCUUCUUCCUUUCCCUUCCGCUUGGUCGGCCUUUUCUCCAUUCUUUUCUCUCUUACACCCUUUUACUUUAUACAUCUUCUUCACGUUCGGUUGAUCCAGACACGUCAUGAAAGUCCCAUUCACUCUCCUCCUCACCUUUAUCCUCUCGCUCCAAGCGAUCGCCGCUCCGGUCCCCGUUGAUGAGAAUGGGUUGGAGACGCUCGAAAACAUCGAUGCUCGCAAGGUCAAGGCUGCAAAGCCCAUCGCCAAACCCAAGGCCAAACCGGUGGCGAGACCUGUAGCCAAACCCGUUGCUAAACCAGUAGCAAAGCCUGUCGCGAAACCAGUCGCGAAACCGGUUGCUAAACCUGUGGCGAAGCCUGUAGCUAAACCCGCUGCAAAGCCAGUCGCGAAGCCGGUGGCCAAACCAGUUGCGAAGCCCGCCGCAAAACCGGUGGCCAAACCCGCCGCGAAGCCUGCUGCAAAGCCAGUGGCCAAACCUGCUGCAAAGCCAGUCGCGAAGCCGGCCAAGAACAGACUCCCUCCUGCGACGAAGCCCGCCGCAAAGCCUGUCGCAAAGCCUGUCACGAAACCGGCUGCAAAGCCUGUCGCAAAGCCUGCCGCGAAGCCCGUGGCGAAGAAACCCGCCGCCCCGGCCAAGGCUCCCGCGAAGAAGCCCGCCGCCGCUCCCGCCAAGAAGCCUACUACCGCUAAACCUCCUGCGAAAGCACCCGCCAAGAAGCCCACGACGUCCUCCAAAGCACCUGCGACAAAGCCGUCCUCGGCUGCGAAGAAGCCUCUGUGCUCUGCUGCUCAGGUCGAGGCGCGUGAAUUCAUCGAUGUCGAGGAACGUGAGAUGGAAGAGCUCGUUGCCCGUGUCGGGCUCCGACACCCGUCCGGCCAGAGCACGGUCAACUUGUUCCACGGCGCUAGCGCUUCAAACGCCGCGAGCUUGGCUGCAGGGCACGUCGAUCUCUCGGUCACUCGCGGCACCGGAGACUUCAACCAUCGCCCUGAGGUCGCUGGUGGCUUCUACAUGACUGACAGUCUCGUCGCUGCCGCGCAGUUUGCUUGUUUCGGUAUUCCCGGCCAGCGUCCCGCCCAGGUCGACGUUCUAGAGUACAAAUGGACCGGGGGCAGUGCUCAAGUCUUCAACUUCCCCGGCGAGACAGCGGAUUGGUUGGCCUUCCAACAGUACAAUGCAAACCCGAAUGCUGUCGAGAACACGGCCAGCCCCUUCCACGCCAAAGCCCUCCAGAUCUACCAGAACGACAUGAUUGUCGGCCCGCUCAACGGCCCUGUCGACGUCCUCUUGACAAACAGCUUCCAGCAAUAUGCGGUCGUGAAACAACCCGCGGCCGACGCCCAUCUCCAGCUUGUCUCGCGUCACAGAAACAUCAUCUGCAGGAACGUUCCCACUGGACAAGAGCUGACAAAUGGGUUGUACGCCCAGGGACAGGCUGGAAAUGCCAAAUUCAACACCCGCCUGGCCAAGCUGACCGACCCCAACUUCCAGCCCGGAGGAGGAAAGUGUGUGAUCCAGUAAGGAGAGGUUCGAGAAGAGAUUCUUUACGUGCUGUUGUCGUCGAUGUGAAUUUAUGUAGCUUUAUC